AUGGCCAAUCAAGCAGCCUCUUCUCCCUCUUCUUGUUUCUCCAAUUCAUGCACGUAUGAUGUGUUUCUUAGUUUCAGAGGUGAAGAUACACGCCAUAAUUUUACAGAUCAUUUGUACAGUGCUUUGGUUCAGAAGGGAAUCAAUACCUUCAUAGAUGAUAAGCUCAGAAGAGGAGGAGAAAUAUCAGCAUCACUUCUCAAAGCAAUUGAAAAGUCAAGGAUUUCUAUAAUCGUAUUCUCUACAAAAUAUGCAGCGUCCGUGUGGUGCCUGGAUGAACUCAAUAAGAUCCUUGCGUGUAAAAAAUUGAGGCAACAGAAAGUGUGGCCGAUUUUUUACAAGGUGGAGCCCUCGGAUGUAAGGCACCAAAGAGGAUCUUUUGGUGAAGCGCUUGCUAAACAUGAACGCAAAUUCAAGAAUAAUAUUCACAAAGUGCACAGAUGGAGGAAAGCUCUUUCAGAAGCAGCCAAUUUUUCUGGGUGGACUUUUUCAGACGGUGACAGGCAUGAAUCUCAGUUUAUCCGUGACAUUGUUGAAGAUAUCUCAGCGGAAGUAUCAUACCAUGCAUAUUUAGAUGUGGCUACAUAUCCAGUUGGAAUAGAGUCUUAUGUAGGAGAAAUCAAUAAACUUUUAGAAGUUGGGGAAGAAAGUGUUCGCAUGGUAGGGACAUGGGGAACUGGUGGAAUUGGUAAGACAACAAUUGCUAAAGCUGUUUAUAAUUCAAUUGUCCAUAAGUUUGAUGGUAGUUGUUUCUUGGCAAAUGUUAGAGAAAACUCAAUGCCACAUGGAGGCCUAGUCCAAUUGCAAGAGACUCUUCUAAUUGAUAUUCUGAGGGUUAAAAAGUUGAAGAUGACUAAUAUUGAUAAAGGAGUCGCUAUGAUAAAGAAUAGGUUGAGCAAUAAAAAGGUUCUCUUGAUUCUGGACGAUGUGAAUCAAUUGGAACAGUUACACAGCUUAGCUCGAGGGUCUGAUUGGUUUGGAUCAGGCAGUAGAAUUAUCAUAACGACAAGAGAUAAACAUUUGCUAACUGCUCAUCAAGUAUAUUUGAUAUACAAGGUCAAAGUAUUAGAUUAUCAUGAAGCUCCUGAGUUGUUCAGUUGGAAUGCAUUCAAAAGAAAUGUACCUCCGAGCGAUUAUGUGCAAGUUGCUAGAUGUGCAGUACACUAUGUUCAAGGCCUUCCACUAGCUCUGACAGUUUUAGGUUCUCAUCUAUGUGGUAGAAGCAUAGAUCAAUGGCAAGCAUCAUUAGAUAGUUACAAGAGAGUUCCUAACAAAGAGAUACAAGAGAUUCUCAAAAUAAGUUUCGAUGCAUUGGAAGAUAUUGUGAAAGAAAUUUUCCUUCACAUUGCAUGUUUCUUUAAAGGUAAAUAUGUAGACUACGUGACACAAAUGCUAGAAUGCUGUGACCUCAACCCUAUGAUUGGCAUUGAACUACUUGUAGAAAAGGCUCUCAUAACUAUAGAUGGAUGUCGGGUUUUGAUGCAUGACUUGCUAGAAGAAAUGGGUAAAGAAAUAGUUCGUCAAGAAUCGCCCAAUAAUCCAGGAAAGUGUAGCAGAUUGUGGUUUCACGAGGAUGUUGAUCACGUGCUGACAGAAAAUACAGGAACAGAUACAAUUAAAGGCAUUAUGAUAAAGGUGCCUGAAUCAUAUAAUCAGAUAUGCUUGAAUGCUAAAAGCUUCUCAAAGAUGAAAAGUCUUAAUUUAUUUGUAAACUAUGAUGCGCACUUUUCUGGGAACAUUGAUUAUCUUUCAAACGAGUUAAGGUGGCUUGACUGGCCUGGAUGUUCUUUACAGUCUCUGCCAUCUAAUUUUCAUCCAAAGAAGCUUGCUGUGCUCAAUAUGCCUCAAAGCUGUAUCACCAGACUAUGGGGGGGAUUCAAGAAUUUGCCAAAGUUGACAUCUGUAAAUUUUGAAGGCUGUAAGUUCUUAGAGAAAAUCCCGGACUUCACUGGAGUCACAAACUUAGAGAACUUGAAUCUAGAUUACUGUACAAGUUUAGUUGAGGUUCAUCCUUCCGUUGGAUUCCUUGAUAAACUUGUUAUAUUGAGUCUCAGGGGCUGCUCUAACCUCAUGAAGUUUCCAGCACAAAUAAGCUUGAAAUCUUUAGAAGUUAUGGAGCUGGGCAAUUGCUUUAGGCUGGAGAAUUUUCCAGUAAUUGUACAAAAGAUGGAAUCCUUAAGAUACAUGAAUCUACAAGGCACUGCCAGUAAAGAAUUGCACUCAUCAAUUGGAUAUCUCAUUGGGCUUGAAGAGUUGUACUUAUCAAAUUGUAAAGAUCUUACAACUCUGCCAUGCAGCAUUUAUGAGUUGCAAGAUCUAAAGGUUCUUGACUUGCAUUGCUGCAAGAGGCUUCAAGAAAUUCCAGAGCUUCCACCAAAGAUGCGUUGGUUACUUGCGAGUGAUUGUGAAUCAUUGGAAAGGUUUACAAAAUUGUCAAAGAUAUUCAAACACAGAGAAGAAUCGCGAGGGAUUUAUUGGAUGAACCUGUCUAAUUGUUAUAGAUUGUGUUCUAAUCUGGGCCAUGGCGUGGCAAAGAUUGAAAAUGUUUUACUGAAUCAGGCAUCUUCUGAUCACGACUCUGCAUUUGACGUUGCACUUCCUGGAUAUGAGGUUCCGGAGUGGUUCCCCUGUCGUAAACGUGAACUUCUUGUUGAAACCCCUCGAUAUAGGUGCGGUAUAUGUGAAUUUUCUUUUGAAAUUCCUGCAACAGUCCAAUGGGAGAGCACAGGAUUGGCUUACUGUGCUGUUUUUAAGGUCGUACAGAAUAGUUUUACUGGUUGGCAUUUUGGAGCUACAAUUUCCAUCAGCGAUACAACGUCUGCUCAUGUGUGGCUCAAGUAUAUUCCAUUAAGGACUUCGAAGAAGUCACAGAUAUUCGAAACACAGCCUCGGUUUCAUCCUCAUUCCUGUCGAGUUAGAUUUUACUUUGGGAGCGGCGCACUACCAGUUUUCUUGAAAAGCUCAAGUGUUGACCUACUCCUAGUAUGCGACCAGGAUGGUUUAAACUACGGCAUGGCAGUCAAUCAUCAGCAAGAGGAAUUGCUUUCAGAGUCUUCGAAACCGAUGAAUCCUCAAAAGCGAAACCUACAACAAAGAGCCUCAGUUCUCAUGAAAAUCGAUGAUACUAACAUCGAACAUCAGCAAGAGCAACCACUUAACUUGUCUUUGGAACCAACGAAUCCUCGAAAACGGAAGCAUAAUGAGGAACGAAGGCAUCGUAGAAAACAGAAGGAUGUUGAGGAGCAACCAUCCACUUCAACUUCACCAAUGAUUUAG